AUGAACUAUGGGCAUUAUGCUAUUAAGCUCCAAUUUCUGUGUCCUACACACAGAAAAACAAAUCAAACAAGCACAAUGGCAGCUUCAUGCUUGAACCCACCCAGGUUAUCAAGCACUGAAGAUGACACUGUGAUGCUCUUUUCUACCUCUAAUUCUCCUCAAGACUCCAUCUCCAUCAGCCCUUCUUCUUCUUCUUCAUAUCAUUCUUCUUCUUCUUCUUCUUCUGGUAAUCAUAAACUUUCUGUCAGUAAUCUCUCUUACACUCUUCACCCAUAUAAAAACAUACCCUUUUCAUUCUUCCACAUGCCUCAAAAGCCCAGGCCUCUCCAUAUACUCAAGUCAGUCUCUUUUGCAGCCAAAAGUUCUGAGAUUGUUGCUGUUGUUGGUCCUAGUGGCACCGGGAAAUCCACCCUUCUUCGUGUCAUUGCAGGGCGUGUGAAAGACAAAGACUUUGAUCCCAGAAGCAUAUCAAUCAAUGAUCAUCCAAUGACAAGUCCAUCUCAGUUGAGGAAGAUCUGUGGGUUUGUGGCACAAGAGGAUAAUUUGCUUCCUCUUUUGACUGUGAAAGAAACCUUAAUGUUCAGUGCCAAGUUUAGGUUAAAAGAAAUGUCAUCAAAGGAUAGAGAAGUGAGGGUAGAGAGUUUGAUCCAAGAGCUUGGGCUGCUUCAUGUUGCAGAUAGUUAUGUUGGAGAUGAAGAGAAUAGAGGGAUUUCUGGUGGAGAGAAGAAAAGGGUAUCUAUAGGUGCUGAUAUGAUUCAUAAUCCUCCUAUUUUGGUCCUAGAUGAGCCAACCUCAGGCCUGGACAGUUCGUCAGCUCUUCAAGUGAUAGAGCUUCUGUCAUUUAUGGUUAAGUCAAAGAAAAGGAUAGUGAUUCUUUCAAUUCACCAACCCAGCUAUAGAAUAUUGCGUUAUAUUUCUAGGUUCUUGAUCCUGUCUAAUGGUUCAGUUGUGCACAAUGGUAGCCUGAAAUCACUUGAGAAGACCAUUACCAGGUUGGGUUUUCAGAUUCCAAUACAACUCAAUGCUUUAGAGUUUGCCAUGGAAAUUAUACACACAUUGGAAGAUUCAAAAAAUUCCACAUAUGAUAGUGACAAUUGUCCCAUGCAAGACAAGGAAGAAGAAACUGGUGACAUUCAUAAUUAUACAAGUGAUGAUAACAUCAAAAGGAUUUGCAGUGCCUGGUAUUUGAGCUUCAUUGAGAUCUUGUUUCUCUGCUCAAGGUUUUGGAAGGUCAUAUACAGAACGAAACAGCUUUUCUUGGCCAGAACAAUGCAGGCUCUAGUUGGUGGGUUUGGGCUUGGAAGUGUUUACAUUAAGGUGAGGAAGGAUGAAGUAGGAGUUGCAGAAAGACUAGGCCUCUUUGCAUUUAGUCUGAGCUUUCUGCUCUCUUCCACAGUUGAGGCACUUCCAAUAUACCUUCAAGAGAGAUGUGUUCUAAUGAAAGAAGCCUCAAGAGGAGCCUACAAAAUUUCCUCUUACAUGGUGGCAAACACACUCGUCUUCCUUCCUUUCUUGUUUGUAGUAUCCAUACUUUUCUCAGUCCCUGUGUACUGGAUCGUAGGUCUCAACCCGUCCCUCUCAGCUUUUGCCUUCUUCAUCUUCAUCGUCUGGCUCAUAGUGCUCAUGGCAAGCUCUCUGGUUCUCUUCUUAAGUGCAGUUUCUCCUGAUUUCAUUUCUGGGAACUCCAUGAUCUGCACUGUGCUGGGAGCUUUCUUCUUGUUCUCCGGAUACUUCAUUCCAAAAGAGAGCAUCCCCAAGUACUGGAUUUUCAUGUACUAUGUGUCACUUUAUAGGUAUCCUCUGGAUGCAUUGCUCACAAAUGAGUAUUGGAAUGUUAGAAAUGAGUGUUUCUCAGAAGCAGAAUCUAAUUGCUUGCUCACAGGGUUUGAUGUGCUUAAGAGUAGAGGACUUGAUAAAGAUACAAGAUGGGUGAAUGUGAGCAUCAUGAUUGGCUUCUUUGUGCUAUAUCGUGUGCUUUGUUGGGCUAUUCUUGCUAGAAAGGCUUCCAAAGCAACCAUUUAAACAUUAGAGUACUCAUACUUCACCAUAAAAGCAAAACCCCACGAGUGAAUUCCUACUAAUUCUUAAAGAGUUCUUAAGAGUUAACCAAAUAUCAGAAACACCUGCAUAUAUAACACCUAUAUAUAUUCAAUCUCAGGCAACUUUUAUAGAUUACAUCUUCUAGAGCUGCAAAUUGCCAUUGUCCCAUUUUCAAUAUUUGUAUAUAGAAUAUACAAAUAUAUAUAUUUAUAUAUGGUGGGUGUAUUUAAGGGUUAGAGUGUGAAGAUU